AACGGGGCCCGUACCGUGGCUCACAGGACACCAAACAAACAAGCAAGCAAACAAACAACUCCCAACAUUCAUUCCGACUCUCCCUGGAUAGCCGCACGUGGAAUUUGGAAACCCCGUCUGCAAGUGCGCCCGUGGACCUCGCGGGUUUUUUGUUGUUGUCUGUCUGACGGGAGGCUCUUGCGGACUGGACGCGGACACAUGCUGCGAGCGCCGUUGGAUAACGAGCGUUCCUCGCGUGUUGUGCAAGCCGCCGGUCACUCCCCUCACCCAAUGAUUUGCAUAGUUUCAGUGAUAUAACAGUCGCUCCACCGCCACGCUCACGAGUGCUCCUGCCGUGGCUGACAGCCGCCGAAGUUCGUCACGCCCAUAAAACGCGCACCAUGCCGGCCGAAAAAGUUCCCGACACCCCGAUGGAGAUCCUUGUGGAGAUCCUAAAAAAAGCCAAUGAGAUAGCUGCAUCAAGUGCUAAUGUCCCAGAGGAGUUAACAAGUCACUUGCAGAAGGCUCUGGACAUAGCCAGCGGCCUGGAUGACUACCUGGAGAAAAUGACCACACAGGAAAGCGAACCUCUGGCAGAGCUCUAUGAAAAAACAACUUCUCAUGACUGGGAUCAAGUGUACAAAGAGGGCAAAACUACGUUCCGGCUUCCCAAGGAGUGCAUCACUGGACAUGUUGAAGGCCAGACCCUGAAGAUGCUGAUUCGCAUGAGUCAAGCCAAGAGUGUCCUAGAGAUUGGGAUGUUCACUGGCUACGGAGCUCUGUCCAUGGCUGAAGGGCUUCCCGAGGACGGUCGCUUAGUUGCUUGCGAGUUAGAGCCAUACCUCAAGGAGUUUGCUCAGCCCAUUUUUGACAAGUCUCCGCAUGGCAAGAAAAUUACUGUCAAAACUGGAUCUGCCAUGGACACCCUAAAGGAAUUGGCUGCUGCAGGUGAGCAGUUCGACAUGGUCUUCAUUGAUGCUGACAAGACGAAUUACAUCAACUACUACAACUUUAUCCUCGACAACAAUCUGCUGAGAUUGCGAGGGGUCAUAUGUGUAGAUAACUCCCUGUUCAAAGCAAAGGUUUAUCUUAAGGACACCAUAGAUAACAACGGACUGGCGCUUCGAGAAUUCAACCAGUUUGUUUCUAAUGAUCCCCGUGUGGAACAGGUCAUUAUCCCUCUCAGAGAUGGCAUCAGUGUUAUCUGCCGGGUGUCUGUGGCCUCGGAGUGCGCAAGAACCAAGAGUAAAAUAACAGACGACGAGAUUUUCCGCGGGGUCAAGGGGCGCCCCAUUCUUGAUCGGAUGCGUCUUGAUGGAAAGGUAGCCUAUGUGACGGGCGCGGGCCAGGGUAUAGGCCGAGCAUUCGCUCACGCCCUGGGGGAGGCUGGUGCGAAGGUGGCUGUGGUAGACCUGGACAUUGUUAAAGCAGAGGCAGUGGCUAAAGAGCUCUUUCUUAAAGGCAUUAAUGCCACUGCAAUCGCAGCUGACAUUGGCAAGUCAGAGGACGUCCAGAGGAUGAUGGACAACAUUGUCUCCAAAUGGGGAGCGAUCCACAUCGCUUGUAACAACGCUGGCAUCAACAUGAACUCAGCCAGCGAAGACACCAGUCUAGAGGAGUGGGACCAAACCUUUAAUGUCAACCUGAGGGGGACUUUCAUGUGCUGUCAGGCGGCAGGUCGAGUGAUGUUGAGUCAAGGAUACGGCAAGAUUAUCAACACGGCCUCCAUGGCCAGUCUCAUAGUCCCCCAUCCCCAGAAGCAGCUUUCCUACAACACAUCUAAGGCUGGAGUGGUCAAAAUGACUCAGACUCUGGGCACUGAAUGGAUUGACAGAGGAGUGUGUGUCAACUGCAUCUCCCCGGGGAUUGUUGACACCCCUCUCAUCCACUCGGAGAGUCUGAGGCCUCUGGUGCAGCGCUGGCUGUCAGAUAUCCCUGCUGGUAGACUGGCUCAAGUGACAGACCUGCAAGCUGCAGUGGUCUACUUGGCAUCUGAUGCCUCUGACUACAUGACAGGGCAUAACUUAGUCAUAGAGGGUGGGCAAAGUCUGUGGUAGAGGGGGUAGAUGAAGAGAUGAGAACCUUUUUUCCUCUUCAAUCCCCUGGGAUUAGUCUCAGAAAUAGGUGGCAUUCACAUUAUCUGCCUUUGACACAUCCUCAGCAGUAUUAGUUUAAAUGUUGCUGGAUGUUUAACUUUUGGUCAGCUAUACAGGAUGCUACCAGGCAUCUCAUCACACCUUGAAAUAGUUUAUGGUAUGAUGAGAUGAGUGGUAGCAUCCUGUAAAGGUUCAGUUUGCUGUCAUGUGUGUAAUGACUGUGGCACACUGAACUUCCUCAGUGGAAAAAGUAAUAAAACUGAUGUAAGAGCCACCAGUCUUCUUGUCACACAGAAGACUUGUUUGAGAAAUGCCAAGAGUGAAAAGGAAAAACCUUUUCGCUGUCUUUUGAAACAUGUCCAAAUAGUUUUGUCACAAUUUUUGCUGCAUGUUCUCUUGACAUUUUUUAUUCAUUGAAUUCUGUUUUUUUGAAUGUAAUUGUAACUGUCUUAAGUGCCACUGAAAUAAAACAGCAGAGCAUA